AUGCGACAUGAUACACGGUCAUACAGUACUGUAUGUCCACGAUCACAGCUGGGCCAUAGAACAACAAAGUGCAUCGGCGUGCCAAUCAAGACGAUGGCUUGGCAGGCAAAGGAUAGGCACAUGCCUCAAACAGCACUGCAGACGACCCGCGGCGACGGGUACAAAACAUCUGGUGAGGUGGUGAGCACUGAUGAGCAGCGGCAGCGGCAGCGUUCGGUGUGCCAGAACUUUCACGCCCGCUUGUCCUGCUCAGCUCAAUCUAUUGGGACUACAACAGCUUCGGUGUGCGGCGUGUCCACGCUUGAGCCUGGCAGCAAGCCUAUGAUUGCUUGCUGCGGCACAAGCUCCAAUCAUUAUUAUGUACUACAGUGGUGGUUUAUUAUGGAGCAGCAGCAGGUGCUGGCGCAGGCCCAGGUCAUGGCUGAAGGGAGGCCGGAGGCGCGGGACUUGGGGAGUUUGGUGGAUGGAUGGAUGGAUGAUAGACGGAUGGGCCAUGGAUGGGCUAUGGGCUAUUUGUCGAAUCUCGAUGCCGCGAAGUGGGCAGCUGGCAACGGGCGAGGGCGAGGGCGAGGGCGAGCGAACGAGCACCAAAGCGUAAUGUUGCAAGCCACAGCCGGCCCAGAGUCUGAGUCUGCUGCUGCUGCUGGUGUGCUGAGUGGCCGGCGGCGCAGCGAUGCUCACCCUCACCCUCGCCCUCACCCUCACCCUCACCCUCCACUCUGCGCUCUCUGCACUCUCCGGUCUCCCAGACCAGAGCCCGAGCCCGAGCCCGCGCGGCGCUCAGACCCGCAGCGCAGCGCAGCGCUGAGCCAUCCUUCAUCUUCCAUUCAGGCUCUCAGUGGUGACUGGUCCCUCCUUAUAAGUUAUGAACAGUGA